GCACGUUUUAUUCCUGUUGGCGCAAUUUUGAAGCUAUCCCGAACCGAACUAAUAUAUGGUAAAAUUUAACUUUGCAGGCAGUUCCGCGUGUUUCGACCGGUUGAACCACCACUAGCAGCACAAAGCGCACGUCUUAACUCGUCACAAGCAAAACUUGUAAAGAAAAUUAUUUCAAAUUUUGAAUUGUAUGAAAUAGAGUAGGAAAGCACGACAAAUCACACAUGUCAAAUAUUUUUCAGCUGCUGUUGUUGCGCAGAUUGUUGGGUUGUGUACGACUUUUAUUAUAGAGUUGUAUACACAAUGUAUAUUCUGUACAUAAUAAAAAGUAUGCAAAAAAAUCAAGAAACUGUAACAUUAUUUUUCGCCAUCACUGUAGCGUAAUUAAAAUCAGCUGUUCGUAAAUCCACACUAGUAAAUAAAAAGUAUUUUGUUGUUUUAUGUAUAGUUUUAUUUUCUAAAUAUAUUAUACAAAUUAUUAUGUCAAACAAUAUAGAAAAUUGUCAAUUAUGUAACAAAUCACCAUACAAGUAUGUUUGUCCAAAAUGUAAUGUACCAUAUUGUUCGGUGGAUUGCUAUAAAUCAAAUGCUCAUCUAAAAUGCUCGGAACAGUUUUAUAAAACAUGUAUAAGAGAUGAACUCACUUCAGCACAGCCACAAACGCCAGCAGAUAUGCGUAAAAUAUAUGAUAUUCUUAAGAGAAUGCAUGAAUUCGAUGCCGGUGUAGGUCCAAAAGAUUUUGAUGAUGGACUUGCAGAGCCUUUAGAUUCAGAUGAUGAUGAACCACACCAAUCCGAUAAUGACAAUGACGAAGAAGAAGAAAAUGGUGAUGAUGACGAUUUAGCAACUAGAUUACAAGAUAUAGACAUUAAUGACGCAGAUGCCGUGUGGGAAUGUUUGACAACUGCCGAACAAAAGGAAUUUCAGAAAAUGAUUACUAAUGGCGAAAUCAUGAAGUUAUUACCGGAUUAUAAGCCUUGGUGGCAAGUGGAAAAACAAAAACUAAAAAAACCCAAAAUUGUGGUUUUAGAACCAAAAGAAAACAAAAGUGAAGAACAGCCAACAUUAAUACCAACUGUAAAAUCGGUUAUACCUAAAUUUUCUGUUUUAUGUUCCAAAGAACCAUCUCCAUGUUUACACUAUAAUCUCUGGAAUAUUUUAGGUGCAUAUGCGUGUACAGUACGUUUUUUUAGUGGUGAACAUAUAACAAAUCCCACUGAAGCCGCUUCCAAUUUGGUCAAUUUAAGUGCAACGCUAAAAUAUGGCACGAAUUUUGAAGAAGUUAACGACGCUUUGAUAUCUGUUGAAAUGGAAGCGCUGACUACUGGUAAUGGCGCGAAUGGACCUAAUGGUAUUAAUUCUUUACUUGUGGAAAGCCGUGAACAGCUGGAAAAUGACGCAAAAGAAUUAAUGUGUACCAGACAGUUUAAGUUGGCAGCUUUCAGCGAUAUGUUAAAUCUCUUCCUAUUAACUAAAAAGCAAUUAAAAACGAAAAAUUCCGAGGAAGCUGAGUUCCAAAAAUUGUAUGCUAUGUGCAGUGGAAAUGUGGAAUUAAGUCGUACGAAACUUCAACAGUUCAUCAAGAAAUUUGAAUUUUAUUUAUCAUAUGUAAAUAGAGAUGCAGAAGAGGAUUUAAAAUAAUAAAUUAAGG